GGAGUUGAGCGAAGGUAGACUAUGGGGAAAGUAGUUGCCAGUGGGUGUUGUCCUUGAACUAAAUGGUUUGCGUGCAACCCAUGUUUUUGAGCAGCGUUUUCAAGAUGGUGAUGAUGGCUGGGCACAGUGAUCCCUUGGGCAGGCCAUUCCCAAUGGCUCAACUGCCACAAUGUUACGGAGGGCCUGUUGUCGCUGGUGGUCAGCCUCCCGUUCCCGAAGGGAACUCAAACAAGCUUGUAUAUAAACUAGUGAAGGUGAAUGAGGAUGGAACAAUGUGUCCAGCGACGGAAGAGGAGGUUUUCCAGUUGGAGGCAAUGGUAGGAAUGCUAGAUGAGACAAGCUCAUCAAGUGAUGUCCCUGAAGAUGGGGACGUCGAUAGUGACAACAGUGAUGAUGAUGACGAGGAUGACGAUGAUGAUGACGACGAGGAUGAGGAUGAAGAUGAGGAUGAAGAGGACGAGGAGGAGGAGGAGGAUGAGGAUGAUGAUGAUGAUGAUGACGGCGACGAUGAUGAUGAUGAUGAUGAUGAUGAGGAGGAGGAGGAGGAGGAGGAGGAGGAAGAGGAGGAGGAGGAGGAAGAGGAGGGGGAGGCUGACAACGGUCAAAGAGACGAUGGCAGCAUGGACACGAUGAAAGAAGACUAUGAAGCUGAUGGUCGAACACAGUUUUCAGGAGUGUGUGGAUUCUCCCAAAUGAAGACUUCUCGCAACGAUAUGCUGCAGCAGGCAUUCGAGCGCUUGAGGGGUAUUGGCCAAAGUAAUGAUGGGCGGAGGAACCUUCUGGCACGGAUGGAGGUUCUGAAUAGUUACUUAUUGAAAGUGGAGGAACAAGGGAGGGUGCAGGGAUCAGCACCUCCGGCAGAUGUUCGAUGCAUGACGGUUGGCCUGCAAGGCUCAGGUGACGCGGUCAGCGAGAGCAAACGGCGGCGCCGGCCCAAUCCCAAGUACUUUAGCUGUGGUGACAAAGGGGAUUUUGUUGCAAUCCAGUCCCCUGCUCUGAAUAACCAUCAUCGGGCAUCGCAGCGUGAGCAUGCAUCAUUUCAUCCUGCUGCACGUGGUCGCAGUAAGAGGCGGUCUGCCUCUCACAAACGUUUGCCAGGAAAGAAGCGCAAGACUUCUGUCAUGUUGGCAAAUAGGGAUCCUCUCGGGAGGUUCCUUCGCAAAGAUGAGGCACCGAAAAACACACAGCCAGUGGAUGCAAGGACCCAGCUCAUGCAAGCACAUGUCAAGCUGGAGGAGCAGCCAGCUGAAGGCCUUUUCUCUUCAGCCCCUGUGGCCUCUAGCAUUACUUCCGUCACGUGUGUCCCCGCUGCGAAAAGUAUGCUCAUGUAUGCUGCCUCAGAUGCGUCCGCGUUGUCCAGAGGGCUUGCACUAUCGGUGACGGAUAAAGACCAAGGGUGCGGCAAGGCUACAAAGCGCAACUGCUCAUCUCCGUCCUCGUCUACACAGAAAGGCUAUCAGUCGACUGUUCGCCAAGGCGACUUGUCUCCUAGUAUUGGAGGAUAUGCUCCAGUGGUUGACGAGGAUCCAACAGUUGUGCUGAGGGAAAGGGUGAGGACUCAGCCUGCUGCUGAGCCACGGUUGCAAGGCGAGUGGACUUCAAAUUUUGUUCGCGUGGUGGCUGACCAGGGCCGGGUUGUAGCUGGGCUUAUGACUGUUGCGCAGCGCAAUUGUGUGGAGCGAGGCGUUCAGUGCGAUGAAGACAUAGAGCAUGCUAGCAUGCGCAACAGCAUAUAUAUGGAGGGACGGAAUAUCGAAACAUCAUGCAACAGCCAGAAUGCAUUGUCUCCCCUUUGCUUGUCUGGAAUAACUGGACAGCCUAUUUUCACAGGCAGUGGUUCCAUGGACGCUGCAGAGGAUGUCCACGGGAGGAAAGAGGGACUGGCUACUCCUGUCACCACCCUCUGCACGCUGCCGAUAUCUUCAAGUGGCAACCAGAACUGUCCAAAGAAUGCGACGUCCACCGUCCCCUCAAGGAAAAAGAAACUGACUGUCAUUCUACCCAGUGCUCCUGUUGAUUGCCAGAGUGCUAGGAUUCCUCCAGCAGCAGUAGAUGUGAAACCCAGUGGGCAGGACUUUGACACAGCCCCUUGGAGCCAAGGAAACAAACUACCUGUGUCUCCAAGGUCGGCAAUGCCUCUGGCAGCUAAAGGAGGUGGUGGUGCAACUUACUUUUCUGGCAUAAGUAGUUCGCAGCCACUUAUUGUAGGCAUUGCAGCCUGCACUGGGAGCAAUGACGCUCACAGACGGGGCGGGAUUGCAGUUCCCGUCGGCUGUUUGGAGGCAUGUGAACCAGGUGCUGGACACCUUGGUGUUGGAGGAAUCAAGGAGACCGAUUCAAGCUCUCCGGCUCGUUCGGAAGUGCCUGAGCAGGGCAUUGUUAGAUAUGGGCAGAGUGGUGGAGCAGCAGUUGAGUCCCUCGUCUGCAAUGAGGGUACCUUAGCCGCAGAGCCGGGCAACCAGGGCGGUGGUAGCGGCAUGUCUGGAGGUAAUCCUAACAAGCGACAAAGGAAACCAAAUCCUCGGUACUUUAAUGAGCAUCAAGCUGCUGAGAUCAACCCCACCUCAAGCACAAAUGCAGUUUUGCUUUCGCUACCACCAUCAGUUCCGGUGGGGAAUGGUAAAUCUGGUCUUGUGGGGCAUCAGCCUUUGUUAGAAGCCCACCAAGUCGGCGGGAGGGUCGUAAAUGCUGCAAGUGGCAGCAAAGGGGCCGGUGUUGGGGGACGGCAAUCGGGAAGACCAGCCUUGGAGUUUGCAUCUGCUGGCGGAUCUGGCGGAUCCAUUCCUACAACUAGAGGGAAACGGAAGCAGAUUUCACCAAAGGACUGCAGAGUAUUGAAGAUGGCUAAAUUUGGCUCGGGGAUCGGACAUCAUGAUAAACUGUCACUUAUUAGUCAUGUCAAGGUUAAUGCGCCUACUGCACCCAUGGAGAGAGAAGGUGGUGAUGGAUCACAUGUGCAGCAGCCCCUAUCCGCUGAAUGUUACUCUCAUGACCUGAAUGUGAUUCGUGAUUUAGCCUCCAUCGAAUGCAAACCUGAGAGUGGGAACGAUCCAUCCCCGGCUGUGGUGCCAGCAACAAGUGGUGUGCCGCGCCGCAAGCAUCAUCGGCCCUGGACGCUGAAGGAGGUGAUGACGCUCAUUGAAGGCGUUGCCCGCUGCGGUGGUGGUAAAUGGGCCGAUAUCAAGAAGCUUGCCUUCUCCUCGGUUGGUCAUCGAACGGCUGUUGACUUGAAGGAUAAGUGGAGGAACUUACUGCGAGCAAGCCGGCUGCCUCCCCAGUCUGGACAUUGUCCCCAAGUGGAACAUAGCAGCAGGCAGCAACUCAGCGAAGCACUUGGCAAUGCUGCUGAGGCAACACAGCUGCAAGGAACGACAAGGCAAGCGUACAAGCAACAUGGCAACAGCGCAGCGAAGCACAAGGCAACACCAGCACAGCGGCCACACCACGUGGCAUGCAAGCAAGGAACGCGGAAGGGAAGGCACACGGAUGGGCAGCAAGGCAGCAGCGCAGCGAAGCACAGGGCGACACCAACACUGCAGCCACACUACACAGUGAACACAGUAGCUUGCAAAGGACGGCAUGCGACGCCGACAGGUUGGGCAGCAAGGCAGCGGCGGAGCGCAGACAAGGCAGUCUACACAUCCAACAUGGAGCAAAGCAGCACAUCGCCUACUCACAUCACGGGUGAACCUUGCAGACUGUUGGUUCCCAUCACCUGCUGAGCCAGGAAGGUACUCCAAUGGACAUCCAUCAUCGCCCACAGACCAUAUGCACCACAGACACCACGAGCAGA